UUAAGUUAUAUAUUAGUUCAAAUAAAAAAAAAUAAUAAAAUUGUCUCAUUUUUUCGAUAACGGAAAAAAACUGAUCAUGUGGAAAACGAUACAUCUGGAGCCCACAAAAUUCAGCAAAUUCAGCGCAGAGACACGUUUCCUACGAGUGCCUUUGACAAGAGGAAGGAAGUUGAUCACGUGGCAAGCAAUACAUCUGGAGCCCUCAGUUUUCAACACAUUCAACGCAGAGAAACGUUUCCUAAAAGUGCUUUUGUCAAUCCGAAGACUAGGCGGACAGAAGAAUUCCCUUUUGAUGAAAAAGUUGGGGCUACUACAGUACCGACAAGCGAACUCAAGACGGUUGUGACCUCAGAAGGAAAAACUGUUCCAGUAAAAAACUUCAAGGGUGUCACCUCGGUCGCUGUUGUUUUCCCACCAGGAUGUGUCAUUGGGAAAAGAGCAGUAUCGCUGGAGUUGCUCGAAGUUCAAGGGAAAGAUUUCGACUUAAUUCCUAAGCCCGCAAACCCAAAUGCUGUAGGUUGUGUGCGCCAAUCUAGGAUUUUCUCGAGGGGGAGACAGGACGUCUAACGAAGGCAAGAAGUCUAACGAAGGCAUAGCAAAUGACGAGUCCAAAACAUUACCAACUGCAAGCAGCAACGACCGAGAUAGCUUCCGCGCAAAGAUGCUAACAGACAUCCUCCGAUUAACACAACAUACAGACUGUGUGUUUCUGAGGCCGGUGAAAGUGAAGUUCCACCUACAAAAACUGCAAAGCAAGGAUUACAAAAAGAAUGAGGAAAAUCUGCAGACGCGAACGUUCGAACUACAUGACGACUAUAUCGAACUCAGCACAACUGUUUUCUCUGAUACUGGCUUUUUCCUGACCAAAGAAGACAAUGUAGUGGCUCCCCUUCGAUUGGGAUCGAAAAUCGGCCAGUUUUUCACUGCCAACGAUCAUUACCUUAAGUUGCAACAAUCUUUGGCUGAAGGCAACCAAUUCCGCCUAGUGAUAUCAUGUGGCCAGUUCCCAAAUUGGCAAGAGCGAUAUGAAUACUUGAGAAACAACAACAUGUUCUACACUAUCGCCAAUGGCAUCAAACACAACCAGCAGAAUUUCAAAGCAAUUCUUACAGCUUUUGAUACGGCUACUCAGCUGGAGUUUGAGCAAGAAACGCAAAAGAAAAGAGAGGCAACAAUCACCUUCCAAAUGAGAGGCAACGAUGUAUAUCCGGCUAAAGUUCUAUGCAACUUCCCUGGUGCCGCUGAUUGUAAGCCAACUUUAAGCGUGAAAUCUGACGACACAAAAAGUGGAAUCUUUGCAGGAGUCGGCUCAACUUGUUUUGAUCUUCUCAGCAAAAACGAGCUGCAAAGUUUGACAGAAAAAACAGUAACAAUUCCGAAAAUAAAUGUAAUUGCCAGAGCAAUGAGCAAGCUUGGUAAAACAUGGAUUGAUUUUCUCAUUAAGAAUGGUUUCGUUGAGCAUAAAAGUUACUUGGAGGACUUCAUUGCCGAGGACAUUCGUUGCGAAUACAGGAAUUUACAACCUAAUGGUCAUCUGCUUCCUCCGAGUUUUUUACCUGAUAGUCUUGAAAAGGUACUGCAAGAAUCGAUUGAGGGACACAUUGCCAAUGAAACCGUGGAAUACAUAAAGCCCUUAUUCUUCAGCAGAAUAAUUCUAGGAUCCAAAUAUUCGUCAGCUUUGACUGACGAGAACUUCAAAAAACUGGCGUUCUGCCUUAUGUACGCACCACAUAACGAUGUGAGAAGUGCGUUUCAGAAGUGCCUCGAUCAUGGAAAACCUUGCAGGCUGCACAAAGAUGAUUUUGACAAAGAGUUCUGGAACUGGUUGCAAGAUAGACCUCACUCCGGUGUUCCAAUGGAAUAAUUCAGUUCUACUUCGGGUUCCAGACAAAACAAGAAUUGUAGACGGCUUUUGAAA